AUGUCACGCUAUGGUGACUACGGAGGAGGUGGUGAACGCUGGAACGCGGAGCGAUUCAACCGUGAACGAGGCGGACGUCAAGUGAUUGAGCGUGACCGUUUCGAAGAACAUGAACGCUAUGCACCACCUCGAGCUGGUGGCCGAGAGACUGCUGUCGAAGAGUUCCAAUCCCCUCCUCCUCGUGUUGCGCGUGGUGAACGUUUCGAGGAGAGAGACCGCAUUUUCGAAGAAGAGAGAUUCGGCCCACCUGCUCGCAGGUCAGUGGGCAGACAGCAGCGCUAUUACGAGGAGGAGGACAUCGAUACCUUUGAGAGUAGUCCCAACAGGGGGCCAGAGCCACUGGGCCGAAGGGGCUACGAGGCGACGCGAGCGCCUCCCAGGCCAGGCAUAAUCCGUCGACAGAGCAGCCUAGACACCUUUGAUCGGAAGCCGCUACCUAGAUACCCCAGGGAACCACCUGAGGUUAUUGCCAUGCCAGCUCCCGGUAGACGCAGGAGAAGCCCACCCCGAUACGAACGAGAUUUUGAAGAAAUUAGGAUUGCAGAACCAGACUAUUACGGCGAUGAAGAGUUCAGAGGAUACAAGGAGAGAGAAGUUUCUACGGUCAGAAGGAGGAGGGGUGCUGAACCCGAGUUCGAAGAGAGGGAGAGUUUUGAGGUCGAAGAAGAAGAACCCUUUCCAAGGAAAGGCAAGACUAGAAUGCCGGGGAAAUUGGUGAACAAGCGAGCUAUUAUAGAGCUAGGCUAUCCGUUCGAAGAAGAGGGCGAAAUGGUCAUCAUCUUGAAGGCUUUGGAUAAAGAGCGGAUUGAUGAAGUUAUCAACGUCAGCAAAGAGAUGAAUCGUGGCGCAAGCCGCACCACAUACAUGAUCGAAGCUCCGCCGCAUCCACCAGAGGAAGUUAUUGAGCGACGCGAAAUCGUCAUUCCAGAAAUCAUGCUUCCCCCACCGCCAUCCGAAGUGCCACGUUCAGUCCGCGAGUGGGACGUUAUGGGUGGCUCUAUUCCUGGCGGACAUUCCGAGCAUGGUGGCGGUCAUUCCGAGCAUGGUGCGAAGUCUACUCAUGGUGGAAAGUCUACUCACGGCGGAAAGUCUACUCACGGCGGAAAGUCUACUCAUGGCGGGAAAUCCACGCAUGGCGGCAAGUCCCACCACGGCGGUGGUAAAUCUACGCACGGUGGCCAUUCAACCAAAGGAGGCCAUUCGGUCAAAGGCGGCCACUCGACAAAAGGCGGCCAUUCGACAAAAGGCGGUCAUUCAACGAAAGGCGGUCAUUCAGAGGAAGGCGGCGAGUCCGAAAGCGAGUCCAGUAGCAGCAGCAGCAGCCCCUCUGAACCUUCGGUCAUAAUUGAGAAGAGGUCAACCCGCAGCAAAUCUCGCCAUCGAUCCAAGUCGGUCGGGCACGGCGAGGUCAUAGAGGAAAUUGGCGAGUCAAAUGCCAUGCACAACGGUCCUUUGGCCUUGGUCCUUCCUCACCGUGAGAAAGAGCGCAACAACAGCAGAGACGAGCGUAGCAUUAAGGCUGAGAUACGAGCCCUUGAAGCGGAAAAGAAGAAGCUGAAGAUCGAGAGAGAGAUUGAGAAGGAGCACAGAAAGGAGAAUAAGUAUGAUGAAGUCAUCAUAGAGAGGCGUGAGAAGGAUGUCAAGAUUGAGAAGGACCGCAAAGGUAACCUGAGCUUUGUACGGUGA